UCUCUUCUUCACCAUCAAGCCCAAACACACCUCUUCUCCUUGAGCUGCUCCUCCUCCUCUAUCUCCCUCUCUUCCCCUCUCCUCCAUUCCCACCUCCUCAGGAUCAUAAAGAAGGGAGCUCGUCGUCAAGCUUCCAACCUUCUUCUCUCGCUCCCAUUUGAGCUCGGAGGAAGAAGGAAAGAGGAAGUGUAAGCAGCUUUGUAGGAGAUAAAAGAUUUCCCUGUGGAUCCGCACGUUCUAGUGUGGAUAUCUUUUUUUUUCCAGGGUUGUGUUCUCGGUUUCGGUGUCAAGGUGCCAUUUUGAUUUGAUUAUUUUCCUGGUUCCGUUUGAGCUAAGAAGAAGAGAAGCGGAAGUGUAAGCAGCUUUAUAGGAGAAAAGGUGGUUCCUUGGAUCCACCACGUACUAGAGUGAACAUGCUUGAUUGGUCUUCUUCUGUAAAGGUGACAUCUUGAUCCAAUCGUUUCCGUCUUCCGUUCGAGUUCAAAGGAACAGGCAAAAAAGAAGUACAAGCAUCUUUGAAGGAGAGAAAAGGGUUCCUUUGGAUGCACACGUAGAAACGAGAAUAUGUGCUGGUGCAGAGGCGCCUUCUUGAUCUGAAUGUUUUUGUGGUGCAAUUGCACAUAGCUCCUCGAAGCUCCCAGAACAAGGGAACAGAAUCUACGAAAUGCAGGCGAAUGGAGAGCAUUAAUUGUGGAUUCGAGCAGUAUUCUUGAUUUGCUUGAUUUCUAAACUUGAUUCAACCUUUUCACACAGUAAAGUUGAGAUCUUUGAGCUAAAUUAGCUGAUCGAGGACGGGAAUUGUGCCUGGAGUUACUCAUUAGUGGUGGGAAUAAAUGAUCGGCGACACUGUUGAACCAGAUGAAGAUCUUUGAUUGCUUUAAGGAGAAAUCGACUGGGGCGACGAUCAGAAGGCAGAGGAAGCUCUCUCUCAGCGAGUACAGGGGGGCUGUGUCGUGGUCCAAGUACUUGGUGUCCUCCGGCGGCGAGAUUAAGGUGGGCAGUGAGGAGCGAUGGAGCGCCGACAUGUCCCAAUUGCUCAUCGGGAGUAAGUUCGCCACGGGGCGACAUAGCCGGAUCUAUCACGGGCAAUACAAGGGGAGAGAAGUCGCCAUUAAGCUCAUGAGCCAGCCGGAGGAGGAUCCCGCCCUGGCCGCUGCUCUGGAGCAGCAGUUCACCUCAGAGGUUGCUCUACUCUUUCGCCUCCAUCAUCCUAAUAUCAUCACGUUAGUCGCAGCAUGCAAGAAACCUCCCGUCUUCUGCAUCAUCACCGAGUACAUGGCAGGUGGCUCUCUUAGAAAAUACCUACACAAUCAUGAGCCUCACUCGCUUCCUCACAGUCUGGUCCUCAAACUAGCUCUCGAUAUUGCUCGUGGCAUGAGUUACCUUCACUCCCAGGGAAUCAUUCAUCGUGAUCUUAAGUCGGAAAACAUCCUUGUUGGAGAAGAUCUAUCAGUGAAGGUUGCAGAUUUCGGAAUCUCAUGCUUGGAAUCUCAGUGCGGCAGUGGAAAGGGUUUCACGAGCACACAUCGAUGGAUGGCUCCUGAAAUGAUCAAGGAAAAGAUUCAUACGAGAAAAGUUGAUGUGUACAGCUUUGGCAUUGUUCUCUGGGAACUACUAACAGCACUGAUCCCGUUCCACGACAUGACUCCUGAACAAGCUGCUUAUGCAGUCGCGCACAAGAAUGCUAGACCGGCCUUGCCGGCUUCAUGCCCUUUGGCGUUCAGCCAUCUCAUGAGUAGGUGUUGGGCUACCAACCCAGAUAAAAGGCUGCAAUUUUAUGAAAUUGUUGCUAUGCUUGAAAGCUACCAAGAGUCUCUUGAGGUGGAUCCAACAUUUUUCUUAUCCUUCAAGCCUGUGCAGCAGAAGAAUCUACUAAAUUGCUUUGUUGGGUGUAAACCGUAUCAUAUAAAUAAAUAAAUAAAUAAAUAUAUAUAUAUAUAUAUAUAUUCUUUUCUGUUGCUUCUGUCAUCCUCCUCUUUCCCUCUCGGCUCGAGAAACUAUGUAUAAAGGAGCGUCUUCAUCGGUGUCAAUUGCAAAUGAUGUAUAGCUUGUUGAAACAUGAUGCAAGGAGGGGUUUUUGUGAGUGGUUUUCCCACUGAAGAUGGCAUGGGAUUCAUUAAAAUAUUAAAGCAUUUGUUGGUUGAUAUAAACAUGGUACUGUUUAUGUCAGGAUAUAUGAGAAAUAUUUUAUAUAGAAUUGUCCUGCAGUUGGGUGCUA